AUGUGCCCAAGGUGCCGGAACGACACUUGCUUGCAGUGCUACCCGAAGGAGCCCACGGCGGAGCAGCCUGCGCCGGCCGCCGCCCGCCCCGGCUCCGGCACCGGCGCCCGCUCGGAGAGCGGCGGCGAAGACGGCGAGGAUGAAGAUCAAGAGGUCGCGGAGGAGGUCCUCAUGAAGGCGUCGAAGGGCAGCGCGCAGCACUUCGCCGGCAUUUGCAGGCCAUGCCUGUACAUGAACACCCAGGUGGGCUGCAGGAAUGGGGUCGACUGCAACUUCUGCCAUGUACCUCACAAGCGAAAGCGCAGGGCGCGGCCGAGCAAAGCCACCCGGAUGCAGUGCAAGCAGCUGGUCGCCAUGCUUGAUUCCGCAUAUGGCGACGACGAUUCCCAGGUGGUGCAAGCAGCGGAGACGCUGGCGGCGGACAGCGCCUACAUGCGCAGCAUCCUCGCAGCCAAGGGCAGACAGCACCCUGGCCAGGCCGAGGACCCCUCAGCGCUGGGCUGGCUGGCCGGCAGGGCAGAGCGGUACGGGGCGCAGGCGCUGGGGGCCACUGUCGUGGCGCGGGCCGCCGCGCCGAGCUGCGGGGCCUGCUCGCCGCACCUGGCCUGCCCCGCGCCUCCGACCCUCUCCUGCCCCGCCUGCGUCUGCGCUGGCGCGGGCGGGCACGUGGUCGAGCCCUCGUGUCUGGGCCUCGUCACGGCCUACUCGGUGGCCGCGCUGACCAUCGGCCUCGCUUUCGGGGCCGUGGGAGGCGCCUGGGCGGCGCGGCGGCUUCUCGGACAGUCGGCCCGCCAGCCGCCCGCCGUGGUGGAGUUCGUGGGCGGCAUCGACAUCGCCGCCCUCGCGGCUCAGCAGGUUCGUGACGCCAGAGCCCGCGCCCCUGCGCUGCAGUGA